GCUAGCCAGUGGUUUGUUCUUAGGGUUACAGAGGAGGAAAUUGCCCCGACUGAUAAGACAACAGGGAAGAACGGACGCAUGCUGUUUCAUAGGAAUACGGCUGAUCUCCAGAUAUGACCAUGUAUUUGUGGCUUAAACUGUUGGCAUUCGGUUUUGCCUUUCUGGACACAGUUGAGUUUGUGACUGGACAAACCCCUACUCCUAAUACUGAUAACUCCAUUGCACCAUCCACUCCAAGCCCUGCAGAAAGCAUUGUCACUCCAAACGCUUCCACAACAAUAGCCUCUUCUGUACUUCCUUCUCCAACUCCGGAACAGUCCUGUGAUGAUGACAAACUUGCAAAUAUCUCUGUGAACUACACAUAUGUUGAUGGAAGUAAACCUUUUACUGCCAGACUACAAGUUAAUGAAAACCUGACUUGUGACGGUACACCCUGUGAAAAUUACACAAUCCAAAAUCUCAUAGAAUGCCAAAGAUACAAUAUUACUAUAACUAAUGGGACAUGUAAUUAUACCUUUCAAUUAUAUGUACCACCAGCUCCUAAAAAAUUUUAUUUGACUGACUGUACAAAGGAUGAAAAAGCAAAUAGUUCUAUUUGUUUAAAUAUAAAGAGUGAUAAUUUUACUUGCAAUAAAACGGAAUUCUCAUACAUAUUUCAAUGUGGUAAUAUGAAAGAAAAUCCUACAAAGAACAGCACUAAAGAAUUCAAUGCUGUUCCAGACAAAAAUUAUAUUUGUCAUGCAGAUAUACUCUAUAAAGAACAAAAGUUUGCCCAUAAACAGAUAAACGUUAAAACAGAUGUUGGAGUUCCCAAAAAGCCUUGGAAUCUUUCUUGUAAUGAUACAACUAAAGAAAGCAGUGAGAUUAAGUGGCAGUUCGAGAACAGCUCUUCUUAUUAUUUUGAACUUUUCAUCAAUAAUUCAGAUAAAUACUACAACGUGAGUCAGAGGAGUUACAAAGUGGAGAAUCUGAGUCCUUACACACAGUAUUCUGUCUCAUUAAUUGCCUCCAUCUGGGGAAGAGUGCAACGCCGUGGACCUGCUGAAACAUGUAGUUUUCGAACAAAUGCCUCACGUCCAGAAAAGGUCAGAAAUUUGAAAGUUGCUUUUGUCGCAGACAAUUCUGUGGAUGUGACUUGUGUUCGUCCCAUAAAUCUUAAUGGUCCUGAAGGAGAAUAUGUUUUAACUGUCGAGAAAAAUAAUGAACAGGUUAGAAAAGAUAAGAAGAAGGACUGUAAGUUCUCAGUAAAAGAUCUUCAGUAUUCAACAAAAUAUAUUUUUAAGGUCUUGUAUAACAAUAAACAUCAUGAUGGAGAAACAGAGACUAAAACUGAAACAACAUAUUAUAAUUCUAAAGCACUGAUUAUAUUUUUGGUAUUUCUGAUUAUUGUAACAUCAAUUGCCCUGCUUGUUGUUCUCUAUAAAAUCUAUGAUCUUCAUAAGAAAAGGUCCAGUGAUUUAGGUGAAAUAAUUGGUCUUGUUGACAAGGAUGAAAAGCUGAUGACUGUGGAGCCAAUUCAUUCAGAUGUCCUGUUGGAAACUUACAAAAGAAAGAUCGCUGAUGAAGGAAGACUUUUUCUAGAAGAAUUUCAGAGCAUCCCACGAGUGUUCAUCAAGUAUCCUUGCAAGGAUGCCCGGAAGCCCAUUAAUCAGAAUAAAAACCGCUAUGUUGAUAUCCUUCCUUAUGACUAUAACCGGGUUGAACUCUCUGACAUAAAUGGAGAUGCAGGGUCAACCUAUAUAAAUGCCAGCUAUAUUGAUGGUUUCAAGGAACCACGGAAGUACAUUGCUGCACAAGGUCCCAGGGAUGAAACUGUGGAUGAUUUCUGGAGGAUGAUCUGGGAGCAGAAAGCCACAGUGAUUGUCAUGGUCACUAGAUGUGAAGAAGGAAAUAGGAAUAAGUGUGCAGAAUACUGGCCAUCCAUGGAAGAGGGAACCCGGAAUUAUGGAGAUGUUGUUGUCAAGGUCCUCAAUUGCAAGAGAUGUCCAGAUUACAUCAUACAGAAGAUGAACAUUACAAAUAAAAAAGAAAAAACAAAUGGAAGGGAGGUGACGCACAUUCAGUUCACCAGCUGGCCGGACCAUGGAGUGCCCGAUGAUCCUCACCUGCUCCUCAAACUGCGCCGGCGAGUUAAUGCUUUCAGCAACUUCUUCAGCGGCCCCAUCGUGGUACAUUGCAGUGCUGGUGUUGGACGCACAGGGACCUAUAUUGGAAUUGAUGCCAUGCUAGAAAAACUGGAGGCAGAGAAUGAAGUGGAUGUUUAUGGCUAUGUUGUUAAGCUGAGGCAGCAGAGAUGUCUGAUGGUUCAAGUGGAGGCACAGUAUAUCUUGAUUCAUCAGGCCUUGGUGGAGUACAAUCAGUUUGGGGAAACGGAAGUGAGCUUGUCUGAAUUGCAUUCAUAUUUGUAUAACACCAAGAAAAGAGACCCUCCCAGUGAUCCAUCUCCUCUGGAAGCUGAAUUUCAGAGACUUCCUACGUAUAGGAACUGGAGGACGCAGCACACUGGGAAUCAAGAAGAAAACAAAAAUAAAAACAGAAAUUCUUAUGUCAUUCCAUAUGACUUUAACAGAGUGCCUCUUAAGCAUGAACUGGAAAUGAGCAAAGAGAGUGAACAGGAGUCAGAUGAGUCUUCUGAUGAUGACAGUGACUCAGAGGAAACCAGCAAGUACAUCAAUGCAUCUUUUAUAAUGAGCUAUUGGAAACCUGAAAUGAUGAUUGCUACUCAGGGACCUCUGAAAGACACCAUUGGUGACUUUUGGGAGAUGAUAUUCCAAAGAAAAGUCAAAAUUAUUGCUAUGCUGACAGAUUUGAAGAAUGGAGACCAGGAAUACUGUGCUCAGUACUGGGUAGAAGGAAAGCAAACAUAUGGAGAAAUAGAAGUCAAUAUGAAAGACACGAACAAGUAUUCAGCUUACACCAUCCGUGUCUUUGAACUUACACAUUCCAAGAAGAAAGACUGCCGAACUGUGUACCAGUACCAAUAUAAUAAGUGGAGUGCAGAAGAACUUCCCACAGAACCCAAAGACCUAAUCUCUAUGAUACAGAAUCUCAAGGAAAAACUUCCCAAAAAUAGUUCCACCGAAGGGACUAGGAGUCACAAGAAUGUGCCUCUCCUCGUUCAUUGCAGAGAUGGAUCUCAGCAAACAGGAGUAUUUUGUGCUUUGUUUAAUCUUUUGGAUAGUGCAGAAACAGAAGAGGUAAUCGAUGUCUUUCAAGUAGUAAAAUCUCUUCGCAAAGCUAGACCAGGAAUGAUUCCUUCAUUUGAGCAAUACCAAUUUCUCUAUGAUGCUAUGGCUAGUCUUUAUCCUCCACAGAAUGGACAAAUAAAAGAAAACAAUAAUAAAGAAGAUAAAAUUCAGUUUGAUAAUGAAGUGGACAAAGUAAAGCAAGAUGCUAAUUGUGUCAGUCCACUCAGCAAGACAGAGAAGGACCAUGAAGAAAAAAAGGAAGAUGAAGUUUCCAAACCCACAAAUGACACUGAGGGACCAGAACAUUCUGCCAAUGGCCCAGCCAGUCAUACUUUUACCCAAAGUGCAUAGGAAAAGCCAGAAAAAGAAAAACUUACGUUAUGUGUUACUCUUAAUUUUCUAGAAAUAGGAAGACAAAAUUGAUAAGUGGUGAUUGAAGGACAUUGGAUGAAUAUCUGUGCAAAAAUUCUAUUUUACUAUAAAAAAUAUUUAAGUUUUGCUAAAACAUGUUGUACAGUUAUGCUUAGUUUUUUUUUUAAUUUUAUCUAUCCUUCAGCAAAAAUAAACUUCUUUGGAGUCUUUACAUAUGUGUGAGAGAGAAGAAAACGAGUAACAGAGAAAAAGAGAGUACCAUUCAAUAAAUUGUUUCUGGGAAACUGCUUUUUGAAGCCAAAGAUUAUACUGGAAUUACUGAAUCUAUUACUUAGUUUGCAGAAUCUAUUUUUUUAAAUCAGAAGUUACUAUGUGUCCUAUAGGUAAGAAUAGUAUGUACAUGUCCAGAAUGACCUCAAGAAACCAUUCAUGUUCUGUUCAUAUAGAGCUUAGAGUAUAUUAUUUUACCUUUAGAAAUAGGAAUAAGAGUAGUAUGGUACAUAUAGUUAGUAUAAGUUAACUAAAUUAACAGUUGGAAACCAGAUUUGAUCUAUAAACAUUUAGUCCAUCAUCUUUUCAAGUUUAUUUAAUCUAAUUUAAAAAUCUUAAGCUGUACUAUCUUAUUUUAUGUGAUGUUUACAAUUUUGCAUGAAUUAUUCUAUGCCCGAUAUGUGAAAGUCAUCUCUAGUUGCUUUGACCAAAAAAUGUAUGUUUGUUUCAGUUGAAUUUAUAUAAACAUCCUUAAUAAAGUGCAGAAUAUUUUAAGUUCAUAGGAAUGAAUGUGGAAUAUAUGUGAAAUCUAAUAAAACUACUUUUGUGGACCAUAAAUUGAUCUGAGAAAUAUAUUACACUUUUGUA